AAAAGCUCAGGUGCUUACUCACUUUUCUCUCUCUUUUUUUUUUUUUUUUUUUUUUAGUUCUCUCUCCCCAACCGACCGUCCAAAUAGACUUUAUCAGAUUUUGAUUUUGAGUGGUGGGGUUCAGUUGUCUUCGUGUAUUUUUUUCCUCUUCCAUCUUCAUCUUCUUCUUCUUGUUGGUCCUGGUUCGAAAUGCUGCAGCUGUUCUUUGCGAUCGCCUUCUCGGCCGUGCCCCUCACGCUCUACGUUCCACCAAUUCGAAGCCUCAACCUCUUCGUCGAGUCCGUGGAGAAUAUUAUCCGGCAGACCACUAUUUAUACCCUAAGAGCUUACCCUCGCAUUCGUCUUGGCUGCUCUCGCAUCUUCAACGCUCUUUUCCAUCUCACCAGCUUUCGGGAAACAGUUUCUAUGGAUAAUAUGCCUGAUUCUGAAUCUGUUGCUUGGCUUUGGGUCAUUGAAGCCAUCGCAAGCUUCAAAGAAGUCGGCCCAUCACUUUUAUAUGAUCUGGUGAAAACAGCUCCAAAACUACCUGACAACUUAGGUAAGAAUACGAGGGAAAGGAUUGCUUUAAGAUGCUUGGAGGCUUUGUUUGUUCCUUGUAAUGGGAAUACAAGUGAUGUUCCUUCUGUCCAAGGUUCAAAAGUUAGGUUUGAGUUGUCAGAAAGCUGUGAAGAUGUUCUCCAACGUAUAUUGCAAGAGACAUCAGUUUCUGAUCUGAGAACGGCUGGACAAGAGCUGUCAAAAUGGGAUAUUUACCCCUUUAUAAUGCACAAAAGAGCUUGUAUGCGUGAAUACACUUUGGGACAGCUUAAAGAUGCAAUUCUUGAUGGUACCCAUUCAUAUGCUGAUUUCUUGGGUGAAAAAAGUGGAUUGGCAUUAAAAAAAGGGGCUGAUAGAACCAGUCUGAAGGAUAAUCAUUCAAUUUCACUUAGUUUUAAGCCUAAUCAGAGCUGCUCGGAUGUGCAAACCGUAAGACUAAGAGGGAACUCUGAUCCUCCGAUCCUUGAGAACAAGAAUAAAGAAUUGGAAGAAAACCUGCAUGAUGGAGACAGGAAUAAAGAAUUGGAAAAUAACCUGCAUGAUGGAGACAUAUUAGUCUCUAAGAGGGGGAGAGUUAACUUUUCUAAUGGAGAUUUGGCUUCCUGUGACGAUCAUUAUAAUAUAGAUGAUUCUAAUGAUCAAUGUAUAAAUUCUAAGAAGGUGAAGCUGCAUGUAUCUCCUACUUUUGAGUUGAUUACGAAGAACCCAGUUCCACUACAUGAAACAGAACACGCAGAAGAUUCGACGGUAAGAGAGGUUCUGGUCAGUGAGAGAGAAGGAUGUGAUCUGGCUGAAAAUCAGGUUGGGACAGUGGAGGAAGGCAUGGUCGUAGAGGAUGGUUGUAAUGAGUAUAUUCUCUUAAAGAGGGGUGAACAGAGUGAUGGCAAUGAUGCAUUUCUCAAGAGUCAGUCGGAGAUUCAUUGUAACGAUGCUGUGAUGCCUAAAGACAGUGGCGAUGAUGAAACCCAACAUAACUUAUCUGUUGAUGAAGCCAAAGGCGACGGUGAGCAUCCUGCAGAUCCAAGAAAUGCUCCCCCUAUUGAUGGAUCCUUAAAUAAGAGUUCUUCUAAAGAAUCCAAAUUCGACAGUGAGCAUGAUUCUCAACUUCGAGCACUGAAUCCUGCAUCCCAAAAUGGGUAUCGGCAGAAUGUUAUUGCUGGUGAAGCAGAAGAGAACAUGGAUUGUUGUCAAGAAGCAGGGAGGUCAAGUAAUAGUGAUGGAUAUCAAAGUGAGGGGAUUGAUGUAAUCACAAAAAAACAUGAAUUUUUGAGCUCUCAAUGCACAAUUAGGCAUAGUUCCUCUACAGUGGAUGAAUGGACAGGGCUAAAUCUUUGUAUGAAGUGUAAUGAGGGUGGUCAAUUGUUAGCUUGUAAAUCCAGUAGUUGCCCAUUGUUGCUUCAUGAGAACUGCUUAGGCUCUGCAGCAAGAUUUGAUGACAAGGGUGAUUUUUAUUGCCCCUUUUGUGCAUACUCCCGUGCUAUUACAGAAUAUCUAGAAAGUAAGAAAAAGACCUCCUUGGCAAAGAAAGAACUAGAUGCAUUUAUUCGUGCAGGAUCAAAGAAACAGACAACAGAGUUUAUUGGAAAAUUAAGUAAAAAAGAGAAUAGUUGUACAAAAGUAAAUGGAGAGGUGGAUUUUCUUAACAAAACCCAUGAGAAUAAGCACUCGGGGCAAAGAGAAGAGAAUCAAGAAAAUCAAGAUGAACGACAUGCAAGCAAAGUCUAUGAUGUUCAGUUUCAGAAAUUUAUAGUUGAUAAGCAGCAAGCAGAUCCUUCUGCGUCAUGUAAUAAUGUCAGUCAAGAGUGUGAAGAAAACAGGACAUCUUUAACAUGUGGGAUGACUCAUGGACCAACUGGUGAGGAAAAAGGGGAAGAAGAGGUUGUUAAAGAGUGCACAACUGCAAGGGGUCAUGAAGAACAACCCAACCAAGUAGUGGAAAACAGUGGUAACGUAGUCUGUGAAAACUCAGAUAUGAUUGUUGAGAAUCAAGAACCAGCUAAUGAAAGAAUUCAGCAGGAAGUUCUGAAGGAGCACAUAACUGAUACACCAGAAAAGCCUGUCCCUGUAUGUGUAAUUGAUAACAAUGAAGAUGAAAUUUCUGAAGAUGAUGAGUCUGUCAUUUCCAACUACCGUAUAAGAGUCCUAAGGACAGGAAAACAGUAUACAUACCCCAUAGCUCCUCAGUCUAGGCGAAAGAAAGCUCCAUGGACAACCACAGAGGAAGAGCUGCUAAUGGAGGGAGUAAAGAAAUUUUCAAGUGCCAGUAAAAGAGCUAUUCCAUGGACGGAAAUCUUGGAAUUUGGUAGUUCUGUGUUUCUGAAAGGCCGUACCGCAAUGGACCUUAAGGAUAAAUGGAGGAACAUGUCCAAAGGAUUUCGAACACCAAAAUGAAGUGGUUAGUUCACGUGUACAAAGAUAUAGAAGCAAUUCUUGCAGCAACUUCAUAGUGCUGGAGCAAAUGUGGUCUGCAUGGAAAAAGCCAAAAAAUGUUUUUGACAGCCUUAAUUCUUGCAGUAACGUCGUUUUUAGGUAGUUCUGUUGGCUGUGUUUUUUUUUUUUGUGUUUUUCUGUCUGGAUUAACAGGCAAGGAUAGUGUUCAUCAUCUUCGUAAAUGGGCCUACUAUUUUCGGCUUUGUAAGAACUCUUGACCGCUUCAGCUCUUGGCACUUUCCUUCCAAAUUGUAGUCUACUUUCUUUGUUUGUCAAUAUGUUAUCGAUUUCUAACCAAAAGAAAAUGGUUAUCAAAGGAAGUAGUAUUGUAUAGUUCAGUAGUAUUGUAUAGUUCGAGCAAACAUUAAAAAUGUAAAAUUUUUUAUUUUUUUGGACGAUUA